AUGGCUGACGACACAGACACUAAGCAUGGAGGAAGCAGGAAAAAAAACAGGAAUGGAAAGAAAGAAGGCCUCUCUGGAAGCUCAUUUUUCACCUGGUUCAUGGUAAUUGCUUUGCUGGGAGUUUGGACAUCAGUAGCAGUUGUCUGGUUUGAACUUGUAGACUAUGAAGAAGUUCUAGCCAAAGCAAAGGAUUUCCGUUAUAACUUGUCAGAGGUCCUACAAGGCAAGCUUGGGAUAUACGAUGCUGAUGGAGAUGGAGAUUUUGAUGUGGAAGAUGCUAAAGUAUUGCUAGGCCUUAAAGAAAGAUCUGUCCCAGCACAGCCAGCAUCACCAGAAUCUGAGGAGAGCAUCCAGCCUGCGGAGAAGCCCUAUGUUGAGUCAGAGCACAAGAAUGCCGACAUAGAGUUGGAAGAGGAAAUUCAGUCUGUUCUCCAGGAAAGUCUCCAUUCCCAGCCUGGAGAGAGACAUGAAGAUGUAGAUGAAAGUAUAAAUGACCAGUGGCAAGUGAAGGAAGAACUACAUGGAGAAACUUUUGAAGCUCCUACAACAGAUGACUUGCUCAGAGAGUUAGAGAACGAAAUUCCAGAAGCAUAUGAGCCACCAGACUCAGUUCAGAAAGAUGCUGAUGCUGUGGCAGAUGAUCUUGGAGCAAUGGAGCCUGAACCAUAUGAGCCAUAUGAAUCUCCAGGUGAAUCUGAACUAACACUGGAAGAUGCUGUGGAACAUUACACUGAACCGAAACAUGAAAAGUAGGCGGAGACUUAAGAUGGAGAUGAACAAGACCUUCCAGAGGAGGGGAAUGAAGCCACAGAGCCAGAUGAAAUUAUUGAAGAUUCUCAUGUUGAUAAGGAGCUGUCAGUAGAAAGUGAGCAUCCAGAAGAUGUUGUGGCCACAGAACCAGAGGAAUCAGAAAUGCCUGUUCAAGCUGAGGAUUAUUCAAAUGAUGAUCUAAUGGGGAAAAGCAAAGAAGAAACUGAACCAGGCCAAACAGAGAAAGCUAAAAAGAAGAAAAAACCAAAGCUCUUAAAUAAGUUUGAUAAGACCAUUAAAGCUGAACUAGAUGCUGCAGAAAAACUACGUAAAAAAGGAAAAGUUGAAGAAGCUCUAAGGGCAUUUGAAGCACUAGUGAAUCGAUAUCCACAGAGUCCUCGAGCAAGAUAUGGGAAAGCACAGUCUGAAGAUGACUUAGCUGAGAAAAUGAGAAGUAAUGAGAUGCUACAAAAAGCUAUCAACACCUAUGAUGAGGUCGUUAGUCUGCCAAAUGUCCCUUCAGAUCUCAUAAAGCUGAGCUUGAAACGGGAAGCAGACAGGCAGCAGUUUCUUGGUCGCAUGAGGGGUUCCCUGGUUACCCUGCAGAAAUUAGUUCAGCUGUUUCCCAGUGAUACUUCAUUCAAGAAUGACCUUGGUGUUGGCUACCUGUUGAUAGGAGAUAACAGCAAUGCCAAGAAAGUGUAUGAAGAGGUUCUGAGCCUGGCUCCGGACGAUGGCUUUGCCAAAGUACAUUAUGGCUUCAUCCUGAAGGCAGAAAACAAGAUAGCAGAAAGCAUACCCUACCUGAAGGAGGGACUAGAGUCUGGGCACCCUGGCACAGAUGAUGGACGCUUUUAUUUUCAUCUGGGUGAUGCCUUGCAGAGAAUGGGAGACAAAGAGGCAUACAAGUGGUAUGAGCUUGGCUACCAAAGAGGUCACUUUGCAUCAGUUUGGCAGCGCUCUCUCUACAAUGUCAAGGGACUGAAAGCUCAGCCUUGGUGGACAGCAAGGGAGACUGGUUAUACGGAACUGGUGAAG